AUGAACGACAUUAACCUUAUGUCUUCUUCAGUUGCUGGCAGAAAAAUACCCCGCCAAACCUUUUAUCUUUCUGGCUCCAGUCUACAUAUGAUGCACGAUUCGGUGCUAGUGCACUUAAUUGACACUUUAAAACAUUUCCUAUCAGCACUUCCACUUACCAUCUCUAGGAAAUGUAAUUCUACGACUUUUGUUGAGGCAGGUGCUUAUAUUAGUCCCAAAUCAAAGACAAAGGUUACAGGUAUAUUGCAUCCCACCAACGAUUGGAUAGUUGUUGCCGACACUAGUCCAAACUUUGUAUUUACAUGCCACAUUGCUGUGACACAACUAAGACCUGAUAUAGUUAUCUUUUCAAAUAAGCUCCAACGAGUUAUAAUUAUCGAACUCACUUGCCCUUGCAAAGGAAAUACAAACUAUUGGCACUUCACCAAAGUCCCUAAAUAUUCUUGCUUGGUUAACGUAAUUCUGUCAUAUUUCUUUGCUGUAGAAGUAGAGGGUAGAGGUUAUUGCGCGAGAACAACCACGUCGUGUCUGAAAAGGCUAGGUUUGUCCAACACAAUGGCAUAUUCCACCGCAUAA